AUGAUUUUAGAGCAGAGUGGGAGCCUGGAAGCUUCCCUGGCUCCCAUGUCUAACGCCCUGUCAUUGCCAGAGCUGGAGGAGGAUCUGGUUAAAACCACAGAUCCGGAUCCCUCCUGGAACUACCUCUUUGGCUUCCACCCUCACGGGGUCCUGGUCAGCGGGGCCUGCAGCAACUUCUGCACGGAGGCCACUGGCUUCUCCCACCUCUUCCCUCACCUCCAGCCCCACCUGCUCACGCUGCCCUGUUGGUUCCAGCUCCCUGUCUUCCGGGACUACAUCAUGUGUGCUGCCCCGGGGGGCCUCCUGGCCGUGGGAGGGUCCCUGGAGGCGCGGGAGGCAAAGCUCGGAGCGCUGAGCUUGCGAAUUCGGAAUCAGAAGAGAUCUGUCAAGUUGGCGCUGGAAGAGGGCAGCAACUAGCUCAUCCAGCCGUUUCCGAACCCUCCGGGCUCAUGGGUGCGACGGACACAGGAAGCGCUGCAGCCACUGCUGAGAGUGGCCCUGCCGCUGUUCCACGGCCCCCGGGGCCUCCUCCUGCCCUUCCGCACGCCCAUCCACACCGUCGUGGGGGCCCCGAUCCCGGCGCAGCGAACCCCGCGGCCCAGCCGGGCGCAGGUGGACGCGCAGCACGAGGUCUGCUUGGAGCGGCUCAAGCAGCUGUUGAAAGAGCACAAGGCGAGCUCUGGCGUCCCCGCCGGCAGGCACCUCCCCCCACCUAGACGCGCCGCCGGCCCCCACCGGUGCCCUCGGUGACUGUGGGUGGGCACUGAAAUUAAAGCCCUCUACAAGCAACCCCGGGAGGCCUCAGGGGCGUGGCCACUCAGACGAGAAAGGCUUCCCCGGCUCGUACCGAAAUCUUCAUCGUUUGUCCUCCGGGUCCUGGAGCCCUGCUGGCAGAAGGGGAGCGAGUGGGAGUCUCCACAGCCCCGCCGCCCUCGCGCAGUA